UAUAUGUUUUUGUCUUCUGAACAUUGCCCAUUUUUGCUGAUGGGUGACAAAAGCGGAGAUUUGGACAUAAAAGCAGCAUACAAAUUGUCUCAACGUCCUGACUUUAAUUAACUGGGCUACACAAGCCGGUGCAGAGGUAUCACACAUAUCAGCUGUGCAAUCACAACGUAAUAUUUUCUUUUAAAAUAAUGUUGAAAAACCCACAUUUAACUAUGAUUAAGUGCCUUUAUGCAUAGAAAACUGUUUGAAAUAUAACAGACUAAAUAUUUCGAGUUAUUAUUAUAUUUUAUAGAACAACUCGUGGGAAUUUAUCCACACCCAUUACAGUGUUUGGUGAAGCAGAGAGAAAUAUAUCACCAUUAAACUGUUCAGCUUUUUUUUUCAUUUAUUUAUUUUUCAUUUUACACCAAUGUGCCUGUUCGAGAUUUCGCGGCUUGCUGGAAUAAUACGUCAGACUGGGAUUAGGGGAUGUGGGUUGUCCCUGUAAUAUCCAAGCCUAUAUCCUCCAACUCUAAUUCAGUCGGAGCUCAGCUGCGGCUGUUUGGUGUGUUGCCGUCGAGAGGGAGACUGGCCAUUUCGGGCAAAAACCCACACACACUUACCCACAGCUGGAGCGGUUCGCCGUAACAUCUGGACAGAGGUAGAGAGGCGUGUUUUAAUAAAUAAAUACUAGGAUAGGCUUAGAAAUCUUGUGAAUGAGGGAGCGUGUGUUUUUUUUUUUCUUUUCUUUUUUUCUCCCCGGAGCGCUCGUUUCGUUCCUGCAGACUGAUGAAUGAAAACCAGGCGGACACGAGAAGAAAUCAAAAAACCGACCUUGCCACGGGUGAGCGUGGAGGGAUGCUGUGGGUCCAGCUGUGACUGAAUAGACGGAGAGCAUAAAGGAAAAAGCCCGAAGCAGCGAGAGGGAGAAGUUGCGCGGUAUAUUGCGACCAGAUGAGGGAGAUGUUAGUUUGUUGAGGGCAGAUUAACAGAUCCCGAGGACCGAGUGUUGAGACCCCCCACCCCCCACCCCCCCCCCUCCACACAAGACCGGAGGAUGGUCCCCGGGGCCCCCAGCACGACCACCACCAUGCUCCCCGCCUCCGAGGCUGCCAAAAUCUACCAGACCAACUACGUGCGCAACUCCCGCGCCAUCGGCGUCCUGUGGGCCAUCUUCACCAUGCUCUUCGCCAUCGUCAACGUGGUGUGCUUCAUCCAGCCGUACUGGAUCGGGGACGGCGUGGACACCCCGCAGGCGGGAUACUUCGGUCUGUUCCACUACUGCAUAGGGAACGGGCUCACCAGGGACUUGACCUGCCAGGGCAGCUUCACCGAGUUCAGCACCAUCCCCUCCGGCGCGUUCAAGGCUGCCGCCGUCUUCAUCGGCAUGUCCAUGGUGCUGGUCCUCACCUGCAUCGGCUGCUUCGCCCUCUUCUUCUUCUGCAGCACCGGGACCGUGUACAAGAUCUGCGGCUGGAUGCAGCUGGCUGCAGGCACGUGUCUGAUUCUGGGCUGCAUGAUCUACCCGGACGGCUGGGACAGCGACGAGGUGAAGCGGAUGUGCGGCGAAAAGACGGACAAGUACACGCUGGGCGCCUGCUCGGUGCGCUGGGCCUACAGCUUGGCCAUCAUGGGCAUCAUGGACGCCCUCAUCCUCUCCUCCCUGGCCUUCGUCCUGGGCAACCGCCAGGACGGCCUGAUGUCUGAGGAGCUGCUGGGAGACAAGAGUGGAAGUAACGCUAUAUAACUUCUGGUAACCGUAAAGCGGCCACACACACGCACAGUCUUACUGUCUAGACAUACUUCAGGAUCCAGCCUCCUUCUCCUGGUCCACCCUGUGCCUGGGAUGCACAGCGGAUGUGAGGGGAACCAACAGAUCAAAUAAAAGGAAGAAGAAGAAGAGGAGGAGGAGGAGGUCUGCAAGAGUCCACACAGUAUUGUGUUGGAAACAAGGAUGCAUCUUAUCCUCUCUGAACUCCCUCUGUAAAAUAGUCUUCAUAUUCAUCUCAAACUGCCUAUUUUUGCAGCGUGGCGUUUCCUUAAAGACUUUUUCACUGUGUUUUGGUACGUCGCUGCAUCAUCUUACCCUGAAAUCUCCUUCGUGUGGACAUGAAGAAGUCCGCCAGUGCAAAGGUUGAACUGAAAACAGGAAAAAAAAAAGAGAGAAACACUCGUGGAAAAUACGCUCCAGGACUCAAAUCGGACAAACACCACAGAGUGGCGGCCGUUCAGAUCGAAUUAAGUCAAAACAAAUUAACCAUACUUUGACCGACACAAAUAAGGACUUAACAGACUUGAGGUCAAAUCUGUCAGAUCUUCUUUCUCAUCAAGACAACUAACUCUUUGGCUCUGGCACUUUUGAUUUAAAGGAGAGCAAUGUCAGCCGAGACAUGAGGACCGAAGAAAAUUAUAGGCCGGAUAACCGAACAGAGAGACUGCUUUGGUAUAAUUAAAUGUUUGAUGUGAUAGAAUCAAAUGGUAGUCAAUAUUGGUUUUGCUGGUGAGGACUGUGCAAAAACUGAAAGGACAAGUGCACUAAACAGAAGAAAACAUAUGUGGUGUCAAAGUCUAUAAUCUGUGUAUAGCUAUAUGUUGAUUAUGUCCCUGUACUUUUGUCUUGACUUUGAAAUGUACACUUUGACGUGUCAAGCUAUUGAUCCAUUAUUAGUAUGUGCCAUAGAUUAUCUUGUGAUCUGAAUUGUGGAAAAGGGCAUAAGAAAAGCUGUACUGGACUUGAGCUGUUAAUAAUAUUGUUGUAUAUUUUUGUUUCCUGGUAUUCUUCACUGUCUCACAGCUAAAAAAAAAAAAAAAAGUUUGUCAUACAUUAAAAGUGUUGACGUUAGCCAGAAAAAAAGAUAAAAUGAAAGAGUUGGAGCGUUAGCUCGGCUAAGCUAGUUAGACGAAAGGAUGGAUGAUUGAAAAAAGGAAAAAAGUUAGCCUAGCUCUGAGAGGAAACGAUAAAUCCACCUACCGGGGAUUUAACAAUGUCUUUCUUGUUUAGUUUAUUCAACCGCCAUGGGGAAAAAAAAUCGCCAAUUAGACAUAAAAGAGUAUAAAAAAAAACUACAUUUAACCGUUUAGCAUCGGGCUAGUUCUUAGCAGUUGCCAGGCAACCAGAUUACCCCGCUGACCCUCAUCAACCGUAAAUAAUCGUCUCGAGACAUUAGUUUUUCAACUUUU